CAGAUCAUUCGCACAUCUAAACCUAAUCGUGGUCGAACAGUUUUUUGCCACCGGUAGGAAAUUUUCAGUGCGACCAGCUGAUUUUGUUGAACUUAUCCUCGUCCCUGUGAUCAAGUGAGAAGUGGGUUUUGUUUUUGGAUACGUGGCUAAUUUAACCAGAAUGACGCAGCCAUGCCUGAUCCACUAGGCGAACACGCUUUUCAUCUCGAAACAAGAUGGGACUUAACAAGCAGUACUACAAGGUGGUGGGCCAGAAUGCCAAGAACCGGUUAUUCGGUAUCGCACCAUCGAAUCGGCAACAUCGACCAUCCGAUAGGCCAUUGCAGAUGCUGGUGUCCGAACAGAACAAGAUCAGCCAUAGUAGACUAGCAGUCAUAUGUAUAGGACUGUUCACACUCGCUGUAGGCAUCAUUCUUUCUUCCGUCCCUUGGCUGGACUACUUAAUAUUAAAGAACCUGAGGCUAUGGAACGGCACCCUCAGCUACCAUUACUGGCAGAAGCCCGGAGUGCUCAGGUUAACCAAAGUAUUCAUCUUCAACGUCACCAAUCCAGAAGGGUUCCUUAACCAAGGUGAAAAGCCCAGACUGGAAGAAAUCGGCCCUUUCGUCUAUAGAGAAGACAUGGAGAAAGUCAACAUCAAGUUCCAUGACAACGGAACUGUCUCCUUCCAACAUCGCAAGAUUCUGGAGUUCAUGCCGGAGUUGUCUGUCGAUAAAAACCUGAGAAUAGUCGUUCCAAACAUCCCUCUCCUGACACUCACCUCCGGCAGCAAUCAGCUGGGCAGGUUUGUGCAGACUUCACUCUCCGUACUACUCAGGUUCAUGGGCGGAAUGACUCCCUUCAAGGCCGUGUCAGCAGAGGAGUUGGUGUUCGGCUACGAUGACCCGCUCACCUCACUGGCUAACAAGUUCUACCCCCGGGGCAAGCGGCCGCCCCGUCAAAUGGGGCUGCUACUGGGGAGGAACGGAACUCUGGACGAGGUUUCCACCAUCAACACAGGACACAGAGGUAUGGAGUACUUCGGACUGCUGGACAAACUCAAUGGCCUUGACCAUCUACCCUUCUGGGAGGAUUCACCCUGCAAAAACAUCAAUGCUUCAGAGGGUUCGUUGUUCCCUCCCCGUGCCAUCACCGGGUCUGAUGUGGUCAAUGUUUAUGACAAGGACCUGUGUAGAGUGUGGCCUCUGAGGCACAGAUAUGAGGUCUAUGAGGCAGGUAUCACCUCGGGAUAUUACACCCCUGACGACGAUGUGUUUGAGACGGGAGACGUCAAGCCAGAGAACAAGUGCUAUUGUCCUGGUAGAGAGGAAUGUCCUCCCAAGGGGCUCCAGAACAUCAGUCCGUGUCAGUUCGAUGCUCCGGUGUAUUUGUCCUUCCCCCACUUCUACCAGGCCGACCCUUCCCUGCUGGAACCCUUUGAGGGGCUCACCCCGAGCCAGGAGAAACACGAGACCUUCUUUAAAAUACAACCGAAACUGGGAGUGACUCUGGAGGCCAAGGUCAAAGUGCAACUGAACCUCAAGGUGGAGCAUGCGGAGAUCCAUCCAGUCCGCAAAUUCCCCACCAUCGUCUUCCCCAUUAUGUGGCUGGAAGAGGGUGUGGGAGAGCUGACACCCAGUAUACACAGUUGGGUGUUUCUGUCGACUACGUUUGCUGACAACGUGGCGCCCCUGCUGCAGUACGGACUGAUCGCGUUGGGAAGCCUGACGCUGAUUGUUGUGUUUGUCCGAGCUUACAAGAACCUCGUGUUCACAGCUGAGAACAUAGAGCUGGGCAAACAGAAGUUGCGGCGAGGCAGCAGCUUCAUCGUAAACGGUCAACACCGUCUGCUCAUCAUCCGAGACUCGUACCACGUACUGCACAAUCUACGCGAGACGUCUGUUGCCCGGCCGGACUCCGUCCAUCUGCUCGACACGGAGAUGCAAGAAACUUCGUUCGACCCCGAUCCGGUCACGCAACCUCAGAGCUAACACCCGCGGCGCUCGGCCACUGCCGCGACUAUCACCUACUAGUCCUGCGAAUGCAGCGUAGAUGUAGACGUAGACCUUCUCUCUCCGGAGAAAUGGCGGAAGAUGGAAAAUCACCAGCUGAGAGCUGAACAGUGGAAAAAGAAGUCUUAGUGCACAACCUUCAGAUAUCCCAUGUACAAUUGGUUAUAAACAAAUCCAGGGAAAAAAGUGCAAAAAAGUUCUAAAGUACCACCUUGAGGUACAGUGUGAAUAGCUCUAAUGCUAAUUUUAUAUAGCCUUCUUUAUUACCACAUGUGCCUUGAUUAGACAUUAUGAUAAAGAAUGUAAAGAGGGAAUCAAAAGGCUUUAGGCAUUCCCUUUGACCCAAAGCAUAGAUUGUCCUCUUAAUAAUUUCAACCAAAAGUAGAGUCUUCCACAAAUCACCACUCAAAUAUUUGUUACAGAAAUUCUUCACCAAAUUGAAACUGACUUAUCCCCUAACCCUUUAAUACUUUAAUCCCAAUUCGAUGAAAUCCAGGUAUGAUGUCUGGUACUGAAUUAUAAUUACCCUCAUUUUUGAAAUAAUCAUGUUUACCACAAAUAUCGCCUAAUUUGCAAGUAAGCUUGAACCACUUGCUUGAGAGAUAUUAUCAUUAUGUACAGUUCAGACCUUCUACACCAGUGAUAACAUUGUGCCUCAAGUAAUUUAGCUUUGGAUAUUAUAUCGAUCUUGUGAAUAUAAGUCAGUGGUGUGAAACUAUUUUACAGUAUACAAAAUAAGAUUUUAUUCCAGCUAUAAACAUUGAUCUGUUCAGGAUUUUUUGUAUGUUAAAAUGUCCGUAAUGCAUCCCAAAUGGAUGAUGAAUGCGUGAAACACUACAAAGCAAUUUGUUUAAACGUUCAGAUCAAACCUAAACCAUAGACUAGAUGAUUUCUCGCACACCCUUACAAAACUUAUGUAGUCGAGUUAAAGAUAUCUGAAAACUUGCAAUAUUUUGAGAAAUUGCUCACAUAAUGCUCUCUCUCUCUCACUGGUGAUUUCCGCAGCUCAAUAACUCUCGAGUUGUGAAGCACAAGAAACAUUGCUCAAGAGUCAUUACUUGCCACAUGUGCCGUCCAGUAUAUUGUAUGAGCUAUUUAAGAGUUUUAUUUAGUGAUCUUGGCGUUUCGGAAGGUUUUUAAAUGUUUAAACAGUAUUACCGAUUGUGUGUACAGUCCUAGCGUAUCUGUGAAGCAUUACGAUACUCUAGUGAAAACUAUUUACCUUGUAGAUAAUCUAUCGUCCAAUGUAUCAUGAAUGACGUAAUUUUAUGUAACACAUUUGUAGUUCAACGACAAAAACUAAAAUGUGUAUAUGAAUACUCAAACCCCUUUAGUGCCCAAUAGUUACAAAUUUUGUCCUCUAAAGUUACCGAGUUGGAAUAAUUAUAGCUGAUUUUAAGCAAAUGUUAGCUCUUGUGAUAUCUACAAAAGUGUUUAGUUAAAUGUUAAAUAAAAAAAUAUAUAUUUUAUCAAUGUUUAAUUUCAGCUAUGCGAUUACUAUUUGCUCUAUAUUGUUUGAUUUACAUCACUAAAAGCUGAGUACAUCUUUAGUACCCUUUUAUUUAUAUUUAUAAAAAUAUUAAUCUUGUUAAAAAAACAUUUUAAACUCGUUAUUUUGUUGAUUAAAUAUAUUAGAUUAUAGUAGAUAGUAAAAAACAUGUAACUUACAUUUUGUUAUUUCAGAUUUUAAUAUAUCACAUUUAUUUGACAGGUAUAUUUAUUCCAAUCACUAAACGAUCGUAAAGAGACUCAGUCUCGCAUAUUGCUCAAUGUAAGCCAUUUUAGUCUGUAGUCCCACAUGUACUAUACUUUUGUAAAUAUUAGAUAAGUACCGGUAUUAUAAUUAUAUUCGUAUCUUUUACAUAC